UCUGCAGUUCAAUGAAUGCAUUCCCCCCUCAGUCUCCCCUCGGAUCAGAUGAACUAAACGUCUCAGAAUACACUCAUCGGAUCCUGUUUGGAGGUCGAACAGCCGAAUCCUUCUCUCCUCCCUCUCCACUCCAAAGUCAGGACUACAAUUUCAAGGAUGAAGCUCUAUUGCUGACGACCAGGAAAGUGCAGUAUCGCUGCAUGAGUCAGCUGUCACCAGCUGAACUCAUCACUCGAGGACAGCAGUUCAUCAACCAAAUGGAGCCUAAGAAAGACCCAGGGUCCCGUAACAACUCCAGUGUGGGGGUCGGGGGAAUAAACCGCUACCUCAUCUCGGUGUGUGUGGAGUACCUCCAGCAGCCGGUGGCCCUGAAGGAAGAGGGGCUGUUUCGGGUUCCGGGAGACAGUAGCCUCAUGAAGGCCCUCCACAGAGACUUUCAGAGUCACACCGUCAGCAAGGAACACUUGAGGUGGUCUGUGAUGGAGCAAAAGGAUCCAAAUACAGUCAGUGGUCUGUUGAAACUUCACUUGAGGGAAAACGGACUGCUGAGUCAGCAGAGUUUGGACCAGCUCCUGCCUCACGUGGGAUCCAGAGACCACGAAAUGCUGGCGGAGACGGUGGUGGAAAUGCUACCACCAGACGAACUGCAGCCACUACUGGAGGUCGUGUCGCUAAUGGCAACCAUCGUCAUGGAGCCCUGGGCCCAGGAUAACAAGAUGAACCCGCGGACUCUCGGCAUUGCCUGCGGCCUCUCCAUCUUCCCAAGUCUUGACCCUGGUAUAAUUAUAUACUUGUGUGCUAGAACAAAUUCAACGCAUUUUUGGCGAGAAAAUGAGGUUUGUUUACCAGAUUUAUGUACAAAGUGUAUGUAGAAGUCCUCACUUUAAUUUUAUUGCAUGUUUGCAAAGUUUAGGCUAGCCACCCCCAUUCUAUGCAAUCACACUGCACACUCCAGCUAUUCAGAAUGGUUGGUUGGCCUAUCCUUCCCCCCACUUGCUGACUAAAAGUACGAAGAGUUUAGGCCAUUUCCCACACAUUAUCUACAGGAACUGCGACGGCACUACUGGAGACGCUGGUCAAGAAAAACAAGGUCCUUCAAGAAAGCCAGACUAUUUUGUGAUGAUGUCAUCCUCAUUAGGGGAAUUUAAUUAACUCGAUCCUGAGCCCACCCACACAUCGUAUUUUGCAAAUUGUUGGAACUUGCAAAUAGUUCUUUUUUUAAUGAAAUUCCUGGCAGUUUAAUGUGUGAUAAUUAUGUUGACAAUAAUUAUUCUCCCUUGUCAUUAUCAAUUGUCAGUUUCCGUUUUUUCGAAGUUUUUUUGUUCCUGACCGUGGGCUCUGCCUCCCCCUCCCCAUUGCCAUGGGCGACGGGGGCUCUCCGAGCCUCUCGCUCUCUGCGCAGUCUCUCCAUGACCUCGGUCACGUGACCUAGGAGGUCGUCGUUACGGCGACAGCAGAGACGAAUGUCUUCUGGAGCUACCACUGUUCUCUUGGCAUACUUUGCGAAGGCCUCCACAUCCCAGGCCAGCAACUGCGUCUGGUUGAACGCGGCCUCAGUCACCGCAGCCACCACCUCUCGACUGAACUCCGACCCCUCCACCUCUCCGCACACCUUCCCGACCGAGUAGUGCAGCGCCGCCUUCAGUCUCUGUCUCUCUGCAAGGGUGUCCGCAGCGGCGGCGGCAUCCUCCGCUUCCGAGUCUCUCUCCCCAUCCGCCAUUUCGCGGGGAAAACUGGCGCGC